CUUACUGUAGAUAACUAAAGAACUACUGACAACCCCUUUGACCGCUUAGGUUGUGUGACACUGGUUUAUUCUUCGAGGAGGAUCACAUCCCUGAGUGUUUCUAGAAUCCUGUAUCUUCCAGACAUCGUACAAGUGUUGCGGGGCUUUAUACCAUUUUAAACGACUUUUUAAACGACUUAUCUUGAAGAUAUAGAAUGGCUACUGAAUCUGGAAAUCGUCCUCCAAUCGGCCCCGUGCAGUGUGAGGUAGGGCCUCACUACCGCUCGCCUAGUCAAAAACCUAUCGCCACUGUCUCGACGGCGGUCGAACACGACAAUGUUAUUACACUACCCCAAACGCCACAGCUCAUCGCAUUGCUCACGAAGAUCCGUGACAGGAAGACGGAACGAGCUGACUUCAUUUUCUACUCGAACCGAAUUAUUCGUCUUCUUGUCGAGGAAGGGCUCAAUCAUUUACCCGUCGUUGAACACACUGUAACUACCCCAGUUGGUCGCACCUACGACGGACUCAUGUUUCAAGGGAAAAUAUGCGGUGUCUCUAUUAUGAGGGCUGGCGAAGCUAUGGAACAAGGUCUUCGAGACUGCUGCCGAUCGGUUAGGAUUGGCAAAAUCUUAAUCCAGCGAGAUGAAGAGACAGCAAAGCCGAAGCUAUUUUACGAUAAAUUGCCUGAGGAUAUUGCUGAAAGAUGGGUUCUAUUACUUGAUCCGAUGUUUGCAACAGGUGGAUCUGCUAUCAUGGCUGUCGAAGUCCUCAAAUCACGUGGCGUUCCAGAAGAGAGGAUUCUUUUCCUGAACUUGAUCGCCAGCCCGGAGGGGGUCCAAAAUUUCGCAACCAAGUUCCCCAAGCUCCGGGUCGUUACAGCAUUCAUCGACCAGGGUCUUGACGAGAAGAAUUACAUCAUUCCAGGCUUGGGUGACUUCGGGGAUCGGUUCUACACCAUGUAAUGCGGAUUACUCGUAGUUACGGACUUCAGAAGACAAGAGUAAGUAGAAUUCAGCACCUCUUUGUAGCAUACAUCAUUACUUGGGGUCCCGAUGACUCUGCCCGUUCUGUAAAGAGUAAGGGCAACAACUUCCAUAGUAGACGGUGCGGCCUGCGGAGG